UCUAGUAAUUGCCUUGUGUGCAGGCUUUUUAAAUUAAGUAACAAAUUAUUUGAUACUUUAUUGCCACAAAUUGUAUUAAUUAAAAUUUAAAACAAUGUCGAUUUCACCUCUGUCACCAGCUAGCGGCAUUGGCCGUUUUUACAAACGAUCUGCGAAAAUUAUACGAUUUCAAAGAAUGGGCUGUACAAAUCGUCCGUUUUUUCAUAUUGUCGUAAUGGAGCGAAGAAAAGAGCAACACCAACCCAUCAUAGAGCAAGUUGGAACUUACGAUCCGAGUCCAAAUCAAUAUAAUGAGCGAUUAGUAGCGUUUAAUUUUGAACGUAUACGACAUUGGUUAGGUAACGGCGCUCAUCUUUCAACGCCAGUUGCUGAAUUAUUAGGAAUUUCUGGACUUUUGCCAAUACAUCCACGUACUUAUAUGACAGCUUGGCGUAGUAGGCAAAAAAUUGCAACAAAGGAAGCAGAAGAUGCCAAAACAAAUGCAAAUGUUAAAGAAGAUUCAGUUAAACAAGACACAUAAAUCUUGAGACAAAUCAGCAAUAAUUAUUUUAAGUUUUGUUUAAAUUUUAAAUAAAAAGCUUCCACCACAAGCUAUU